AUGGCACUUCCGGUGGCAGUGUAUAUCACCACCUGCUGCGCCACAGCAGGUGGUGAUGGACAUAAAAAAAGGCUUUUGCAACCUCUGUUUGCAAUACCCAAAUGUUCUUGUUUGGAUUCUGGAAGAGCUCAAAAUACAACUCCAAAAAGUUUUCUUUUUUUCUGCUAUAAGUCGGUGGAUGAAUUGAAGUUAGAAAAUUACUUUAGAUUUAGAAAGAACAUACUUUAUUUCUCUUUUUUACACAGCAUUGACUGUGCUGGCAUCCUGAAGCUGCGGAAUGCUGACAUUGAGCUGAAGAAAGGCGAGACGGAUAUUGGACGGAAGAACACUAGAGUCCGAGUUGUAUUUCGAGUCGCCGUGCCUCAGCAGGACGGACAGAUGCUCUGGCUGCAGACAGCAUCUGUUCCUGUGGAGUGCUCCCAGCGAUCGGGUCAGGAACUUCCUCAGGUGGAAAGUUUCUCUCCUACCAGCUGCUUUGUGGACGGAGGAGAAGAGCUGCUUAUCACCGGAACAAACAUGUCUGCACAACCUAGAGUUGUUUUCGUUGAAAAGGGGCCUGAUGGAAGAACACAAUGGGAAGUAGAUGCCAGAGUUCUGUGUGACAAAAGUAGUGAAUCAAGGAUCAUGGUGGAGAUCCCCCCUUAUGUUAAGAGGACAGUGUCUCCUGUCCAAGUCCAGUUCUAUGUGUCAAAUGGGAAGAGGAGAAGAAGCCUGAUGCAGAGCUUCACGUACCUGCCUGGAACCAGAGGUUCCCAUCGAGCUGCUCCUGCAGUUAAACAGGAGCUUUGGGGGUCCGAGCACAUCUUCUGUCCAGAUCCCAGUCUAUCACCUUCCCAUGAUGCCGUGCUCAGGCCAGAUGCAGCUUAUGAUCCAUGCAGUGUCCCACUGCAUGGUCUUCCUUCCCAAAACUCCUCUCAUCUACACCAUCCUCCUGCUUUCACGCUUUCCCUUGAAGCAUCAUUGUUUCCUCAGGUGUCUUCAGCACCAUGUCAGAUCAUGACUGCACCUCCAAAUCUAGGUUUGAUGUCAGUGCAGAUGGGCACAAUUGAUGUACAGGCACCUUCUCCCCACAUCCAAACUCUAAACCUCUCUCCUCAUGCCUCUGCUGGUGGUCCUCCAAGGAAACAAUCUGAAAGUUCCAAGAGUUCUUUGAAAAGCUCUCUGGACGCUCACAAAGAGUUCCUGCUGCACAACCCAGGAGAAGAGCUGAAUGUCAAGGAAGAGCCGGAGGAGCAGCCUAUUCUAGGAUCCCUGGGCUUCCAGGAAAUCACUCUGGAUGACGUGAAUGAGAUUAUCGACAGAGACAUUGGUGCAUUGAGCAGCUGUGUGCAGACUGACCAGCAUGAUCAGUUCCAGCAGUACAACUGGGAGCACAGUUCCAGGACCCCCCCUGGGUCCUUCCAUGGAGACCCUCAGUAGUUUCAGAAGACAGCUCCUUCAUCAGAUGGUCCCGUUUGCACAAAGUUCUCCCAAACUGAUCUUUAAGUGCCUGAAAACAGUCGGUAGCCUUUGAGGAAUCUGUAGCUUAUUUUAUUUGGAGUUCUGUUCUUAUGUUUCUCAGGAAUUUUAGAAAAAAAAGCAGCUUGUACCUCACAGUCAAACCAAAGAUUUUAUUUGUGACUGAUUUGGAGAAAAAGUAACUGUAAUCUGAUUUUAAAGUCAUAUUACAACUUUAAUGCCAACUUCAAAGUUGCAAAAAAGAACACUUUUCUUGAAUUUUGACAGGGCCAGUAAGCUUAAACAGUUAUUUUUGAUACCUGGAUCUGAUCCAGGAAUGCUUUGCCAUGGCAACGUUUUAAAGGCUGUUUUAUUUUUCUCGCUUUGUUAAUGAUGUUCAUCCUGAAUUCCUGUGGUGUGACCUUUGAAGAUGCUGAAAUAUAUUGUGAGGUUGAAGUAAAAAUAAAGAAUACUUAACUGAGAAUAAUUAGAU